CUGCCUGUAGAAAAACGGUAGCUGUCACAAGCUGCAGCGCCGCUUCUGCCAUUUAAUGCUGGAGUUUCUCCUCACAUGCUAACUUCUAGCGUAAAAGUAUUUCAUGCUGCUGUAGGACUGAGCACAUCUGUUUGGUGUUUUUGAACGCAGUCAUUGUAGUAAUGGAGUGUCGUGUGUUGUCCAUUCAGAGUCAUGUUGUCAGGGGAUACGUCGGGAACAAGUCGGCAACAUUCCCAUUACAGGUGCUGGGCUUUGAAGUGGACUCAAUCAACUCUGUGCAGUUCUCCAAUCACACAGGUUACCCCCAUUGGAAAGGCCAAGUAUUGACUGCAGAGGAGCUUAAUGUGUUGUAUGAGGGCAUAAAACUGAAUAAGGUGAACCACUAUGAUUACAUCCUCACAGGUUACAGCAGAGACAUGUCAUUCCUGGAAAUGGUAGUUGAUAUUAUUCAGGAGCUGAAGAAUGCCAAUCCCUCCCUGGUAUAUGUUUGUGAUCCUGUAAUGGGAGACCAAGGAGCCAUGUACGUUCCAGAGUACUUGUUGCCAGUUUACAGAGACAAAGUAGUGCCUCUAGCUGACAUCCUCACCCCAAACCAGUUUGAAGCAGAGUUAUUAACUGGUAGGAAAAUCAACACGGAGGCAGAUGCUGUUGAGGUGAUGGACCUGCUUCAUUCCAUGGGUCCUGAUACUGUUGUCCUGACUAGUACAGACCUGCCAUCCAAAUAUGGGGACCAGUUUCUGCUUGCCCUUGGGAGCCAGAAAAUAGUGAAAGCAGAUGGGACCAACACCAGUCAGAAAAUCUGCAUGGACAUCCCCAAGGUCGAUGCUGUAUUUGUGGGGACAGGAGACUUGUUUGCUGCCCUGUUGCUUGCCUGGACUCACCAUCACCCUAAAGACCUAAAGGCUGCCUGUGAAAAGACCGUCUCAGUCAUGCACCACGUCAUUAAGAGGACCAUUACUUAUGCCAAUGAGAUUGCUGGUCCUGGGAAAAGGCCCAGUCCUGCACAGCUAGAGCUGAGGAUGGUUCAGAGCAAGGGCGACAUUGAGAAUCCUGCCAUUGUAGUGGAAGCUAAGGUUUUACAGAAGUCUUCUCGCUGAACAGAGAAACAUUCUCAUGACCAUUAACAUUGUGCUGGUACAAAUCAGCUUCACAUUUAGGUUGGUUCACCAGUUUCAUGAAGGAUUUUCCAUCUAAGACUCUCAAAUGUCGCUGCCUUACAGAAUGUCUAAAGGAAGAUGACGAUCUUCUCAUGAAAGGGGUCAGCAGUUUAGGUUUUAUGUACAUUCUACUUAACACACUGAAAAUACUGCCAUAUGUGUCUGUACUAUGGCCUAUGUAGACAUUUCCCAUUCAAAGAAAAACACCAUAGCCAACUAAGUGGACAUUUUAAAAUAGUGCAAGUGUACUUGAAUAACCCUUUUACAUGGGAAACUAUUUCUUGAUAUAAAUGUACUAAUCUCAAUUCUGUUGAAUAGAAAAGUGCGCUAGUGAUGCAUGCAUUCGAGUAAGGGUUAGUCACAUGUACUUCAAGUGUGAUGCUCACAAGUCAUUAUAAGCACAUCAUUAUUGUAUCUUUGAUUUAAUCAAAACAAUUGUGUUUUAGGUGGUACUAAGUAACAAUGAUAAUUCAAAUGUUAGCAGCUUUAGCUGAGUACAAACUAUUUUUUUAAAUGUCAAAAUCACAAGAAUUUUACUGCAUUGGAUGUUUUCUAAAAUUAAUAUAAAUAUACAUGGGUGUGUCUCAAAUACUUUAAGUCAAGUGUAAACACCUACUAUAUGCAGGUUGGAUGUGUUUGAGGUGUGGGGAAGUUUUUUGUAAUUUCCACAAAACAUCAAACCACUUACACAAAUCAGCCAAAACAUUAUGAGCACCUACCUAGUAUUGUAAAGACCCCCCCUCUCAUAAGGUCCUGCUGACAGGUCUGCAGCUACACAGCCCCAUACACAUCAUGGCUGUCGAUAAGAAGGUUGUGGGUUCGAGCUCCAGUUCUUGUGGUCACAUGUCAUAGUGAGCAAGACACUGAAGCCCAAAUUACUCAAAUGGUUAUGAAUUGAUUUCUUAAUACUGAUAGACACUUUUAAGAGCAGCCUCUGCCAUUUACUACAAUGCACUGUUUGUUUUGACACCUUUCUAACAGAACCACCAUUAACUUGUCCAGCAAUAAGUGCUCCAAAAGCUUUUCUGCACAAGAGCUGCAGUGUUGGACAUGCUCUGACAUGUCCAACACUUACAUCGAUUUUUCUUUUGCUCCAAACAGAUAAACUUUGAGAACAGAGUGUUCACUUGCUGCCUAACAUAUCCCACUCACUGACAGGUGCCAUUGUAAAGAGAUAACAAUAAAUGUUAGUGGUCCUAAUGUUAUGGCUGAUCAGUGUAUAUGUAGUCCCUAUAUUUGCAUUACCACUUUUUUUUUUUUUCAAUUUGUAUAGCUAUCAAUGCAUUUGAACUUGAAUGUUCAUCUGUUAAUCAUGACCACAGCUUUUGUUUAAAGUUGUUUGUUUAAUCAAUUUUCGUAUAAUGAUUUUCAGUAGCAGUGUUUAACAUGAUAGGUCCAUGUCUUAAACAUCUCAAAUUGAGGUAUUUGCACAGAUAAUCAAUAAUAUAUUUACUAGUAAUCAUUGUUUUCAUUUUUUACUUUUGUCAUAUCUCAGCAAAAGAGUUGUAAUGAGAAACUUAACUGUAUACUGGCCUUAACAGGGUUGCGAAGAAAAAACACAGGCUGUGAAUGUUUUUGUGUACCAAUGUAAUAAUUGAUCCACAUACAUAAUGAUAGAGAGACAAGUGCCAAACCUUAAGCUGCCGCUCUGAUAUGGAGCAACACAGAAUUAAUAAAUGACUGAUCUUUUACUGAAA